CAUUGCCUAUUUUCAAGGGAGAGGGGACUCCUUUCAGCAACAUUUGUCUUUACACAGUCCUCUGUUCGGACGGAAUAAACUGCCUUUCUGGCAGCUAUCGCGGAAGUGUUUGUUUCGUGUAAUUUCAGACAAACGGUUGCGUUUUCUCGUCUUAUCUGGCGCUCGUAUGCUGUGAGAAAGUCUCCGUUCGUCCGUGGGUUGGCUUCAGCUGGGCGCUAAGGUAGAGCUGGUUAGCUAGCCUGUAUUAGCCAGCAGCUACCACUAGAUUUACGGCUUAUACCCGAGGCUUUCCUUCCAGGUAGAUCCACUAAAGCUGGAGGCGCCGCGCAGCCACGAUGCUUUGGUCACUUCAUCAGUUUUCUGAGUGUUGACAUUGGUAAGAAAAAAAAAAAUAAUCUGCUUCGGGAACAAAUCACCGAAACCUUUGUUAGGCUCGUGUCGCAGCCUGACGGGUUUGGCCUGUUUCAUUGUCUCUGAACAUUGGAAACACAGAAGUUGUUUUCGGUGCAGGUUUGUGGGACCGGUCAGGCUAACUUAGCAGCAUUCGUGUAAACAAAACCGUCAGCUGUCGACUCCGGAUAAUCUCGAAACAGCAGUAUGGCGCAGCACGACCCCUCUCAUGUAGCCAGCUCACAGAAGGCACUCAUGUUGGAGAUGAAGAGCCUUCAGGAGGAGCCCGUCGAGGGGUUUAAAAUAACACUGGUGGACGAGGCUGAUCUCUACAACUGGGAAGUGGCCAUUUUCGGGCCACCAAACACCCAUUACGAAGGGGGCUACUUUAAGGCUCGGAUCAAGUUUCCUAUAGACUAUCCAUACUCUCCACCUGCUUUCCGCUUCCUCACAAAGAUGUGGCACCCCAACAUUUAUGAGAAUGGAGAUGUGUGCAUUUCCAUAUUGCACCCUCCAGUGGACGACCCGCAAAGCGGAGAGCUGCCUUCAGAGAGAUGGAAUCCCACCCAGAACGUCCGAACCAUUUUGCUGAGUGUCAUCUCGCUCCUGAACGAACCCAACACCUUCUCUCCCGCCAACGUGGACGCUUCAGUCAUGUACCGGAAAUGGAGAGACAGCAAAGGCAAGGACCGGGAGUACGUGGAAAUCAUCAGAAAACAAGUGCUGGCCACCAAAGCGGAAGCUGAGCGUGACGGUGUGAAAGUCCCCACCACGCUAGCAGAGUACUGCGUUCGCACACGUGCCCCGGCCCCCGAUGAAGGCUCCGACCUCUUCUAUGACUAUUACUAUGAUGACGACGACGUGGAGGGCGGGGACGGCGACUGCUGCUACGAUGAGGACGACUCUGGAAACGAGGAGUCGUGACAUGCUUUUCU